CACAUUUCUCCUCGCAUGAAAAACUCUCUCCUCGUGCUAACCAAACUCUCCUCCCCCAACAACCAUGAAACCGCCGUCGCCGCCGUCGCCGCCGCCUCAGCCGCCGCCGGCGCCACCGCCCGCCCCCGCCUCCCGAUCCUCCUCCACCACCACCACCAGACGAUCCAGAACAAGUACCAACUGGGCCGGCUCCUAGGCCGGGGCAGCUUCGCCAAGGUCUACCAGGCCCUGUCCCUCGCCGACAACGCCCACGUUGCGAUCAAAGUCAUCAACAAGGACAGCUCCGCGCUCGCCCUCGAGCCCCAGAUCCUCCGCGAGAUCGGCGCCAUGCGGCGGCUCCAGUCCCACCCCAACAUCCUCCGGAUCCACGAGGUGAUGGCCACCCGGACCCGGAUCUACCUCGUCAUGGAGCUCGCCGCCGGCGGGGAGCUCUUCUCCAGGAUCGUCCGCCGCGGCCGGUUCACCGAGCCGGCCGCCCGCCGAUACUUCCAGCAGCUCGUGUCGGCGCUCAACUACUGCCACGAGAACGGGGUCGCGCACCGGGACGUCAAGCCGCAGAACCUGCUGCUGGACCACAAGGGGAACCUGAAGGUCUCGGACUUCGGGCUGUCGGCGCUGCCGGAGCAGCUCCGCGACGGCCUGCUCCACACCGCCUGCGGGACCCCGGCUUUCACUGCUCCUGAGGUUAUUUGCCGGCGUGGCUACGAGGGAUCCAAGGCGGACGCGUGGUCUUGUGGCGUCAUCCUGUACAUGUUGCUCUGCGGUCACAUGCCCUUCAACGACAACAACCUGGUGACCAUGUACAAGAAAAUCCACAAGAGGGACUACCAGUUCCCCGAAUGGAUCUCCAAACCGGUGAAGCACAUCAUCCACCAGCUUCUCGAUCCCAAUCCCGACACGAGGAUGAGCUUGCAAGUUUUGGCGGGCACUUCUUGGUUCAAGAAAUCGCUCCCUUUGAAGUCCCACAAUAGCUUCUCGGACAUAGAACACUUGUUAGCCAGUGAAAAGGAUUGUAGCGACUUCGAUGUAGGUCCGAGCCUAAACGCGUUUGACAUUAUUUCUUUGUCGUCGGGUCUCGAUUUGUCCGGGCUUUUCGAGAUCGACAGUAGGAAUGAGAGGAGGUUCGUGUCCAAUGCUUCUAUGGAAGUGAUAAUGGGGAAGUUGAAGGAGGUUGGUGGGAGAUUAGGGUAUAGUUUGGAGAGGGGGAAGGGUAGUAGUGUCAUCUUAGGGAAAGGGAAGUUGGUCUUGGUGGUGGAAGUGGUGGCGGUUGUGGAGAAGGCGGUGUUAGUGGAGGCGAAGGUGGUCGUGGACGGUGGCGGCGAGUUUGAGGAGGCUCACUGGGGAGAGUGGAAGGUCGGGCUCGAGGACAUUGUCGUCUCGUGGCACGACGAGCAAGUUUCUUGAUCGAGAUCCGAGGGAUGAGAUGCGAGAUGGACGACUGUUAUUCCCGACGUGAUAUAGCAUGACAUUUUAUUCUGAAAUAGGCAGAGAAGAGUUCGGGUUGUAGGAUAUUAACUGGAAAGAGGCAAGAACGUGAUGGCGUUCGUAUCGACGUAAGCCCUGGUAUAGUCAUUGGUACAUUGUUUGAUUGUAAGAGAAGGGAACGGGAUGGGUUUGAACUAAUGCUGGAGAGGAACAUGUAAUGGUCUUGUACAUAACCCUCGGGCAAAAUUGCUCUUUCGGUUCCUGCUCCGAUUAGAGAUUUCAGUAUUGUGCUGUCAAUGACUUUUGUGUAUAUUUUGGCUAUUUGGCCUAGACAAAUAAAGAUGAAUGCCUUUCCACAAUA